AUGGAAGGCGUACAGGGUCCGCCACCCGAGGGCCCGAUUGCCUCGAUUGCGGAACCGGGCAUCAAGGCCGACGGCCAGCUGCUCUUCGAUCUGCGCCGCGAGGUCGCUGCUCUGUUGCAUCGCAACCAAACCAGUUUCCCUGGCGCGCAACCGGUCAGCUUCGCGCGCAAACACCUCGAGGAGCUGCGGAAUAAAGACUACUACGUAUGCGAAAAGUCAGAUGGCAUUCGAUACCUCCUGUACCUCACUGAGGACGAUGGCCGGGAGAUCCACUACCUCAUCGACCGCAAGAACGACUACUGGUUCAUCAAGAACAAUAGCUUCCACUUCCCGCGCAAGGAGGACCUGAAAAAGUUCCACACGCGCACGCUCAUCGACGGCGAGCUGGUCAUGGACGACACAGGAAAGGGCCAGAAGGAGCCGCGCUUCCUCGUCUUUGACUGCCUCGUGCUCGACGGCCAAGACCUCAUGUCCCGCACGCUCGACAAGCGGCUCGCCUACUUCAACGAGAACAUCUACAAGCCCUAUCGGGACCUGUUCAAGCAGUAUCCGGAGGAGCGCGACUACCAGCCGUUCCUAGUGGAGAUGAAGGCCAUGCAAUUGAGCUACGGCAUCGAGAUGAUGUUCCGCGAGAUCCUGCCCAAGCUGCGGCACGGCAACGACGGGCUGAUCUUUACGUGCGUCAGCAGCGAAUACAAGCACGGCACCGACCCGCACAUCCUCAAGUGGAAACCGCCCGAAGAGAACACGGUCGACUGCCGGCUGCGGCUGAGCUUCCCGACAGUGCAGCCGGGCGAGGGCGACGACGGCGUGGACGGCCCGUUUAUCGACUACGAGGCCGUGCCUCAGUCGCAGCUAUGGAGCUUCUUGGGCGACGGGCGGUACCAGUACUUUGCCGAUGUGCACAUCACCGAGGAUGAGUGGGAGAUCCUCAAGGGGCUGGGUGACCCUCUCAACGACCGCAUAGUCGAGUGCCACAAGGACGAUCUAGGCCGGUGGCGCAUCAUCCGUUUCCGCGACGACAAAUCCGAGGCGAAUCACAUCUCAACCAUCAAGAGCGUCAUGGAGAGUAUCGAGGACCGCGUCACGGAGAAGGACCUCGCCGAGGCCGCCAAGGGCAUCAAGGACAACUGGAAGACGCGCAACGCGAAGCGGUGA